AAAAGCGCCGGCCCGAGGGCCAGCGCAGGGCCGCCUAGGUGAGCGUGCUGAGGAGGCAGCUGCGUAGCUUUCCAGCCCCCACCAUGCCGUGGCCUCUGCUGCUGUUGCUGGCUGUGAGUGGAGCCCAGACGACACGGCCAUGCUUCCCUGGGUGCCAGUGUGAGGUGGAGACCUUCGGCUUGUUUGACAGCUUCAGCCUGACUCGAGUGGACUGCAGUGGCCUGGGCCCCCACAUCAUGCCCGUGCCCAUCCCUCUGGACACAGCCCACCUGGACCUGUCCUCCAACCGGCUGGAGAUGGUGAAUGAGUCAGUGCUGGCUGGGCCAGGCUACACUACACUGGCCGGUCUGGACCUCAGCCACAACCUGCUCACCAGCAUCUCACCCACUGCCUUCUCCCGCCUCCGCUACCUGGAAUCGCUUGACCUCAGCCACAAUGGCCUGGUAGCCCUGCCAGCCGAGAGCUUCACCAGCUCCCCCCUGAGUGAUGUGAACCUUAGCCACAACCGGCUCCGGGAGGUCUCCAUAUCUGCCUUCACCACACACAGCCAGGGCCGUGCACUGCACGUGGAUCUCUCCCACAACCUCAUCCACCGCCUGCUCCCCCACCCUGCUAGGGCCAGCCUGCCCGUGCCCACGAUCCAGAGCCUGAACCUGGCCUGGAACCGGCUCCGCACAGUGCCCAGCCUCAGAGACCUGCCCCUGCGCUACCUGAGCCUAGAUGGGAACCCCCUAGCCUCCAUUGGCCCAGAUGCCUUCGCAGGGCUGGGAGGCCUUACACACUUGUCACUAGCCAGCCUGCAGGGCCUCCCCCAGCUGGCGCCCCACAGCUUCCAUGAGCUGCCAGGCCUGCAGGUCCUGGACCUGUCAGGCAACCCCAAGCUCACAUGGGCAGGAGYGGAGGUGUUCUCAGGCCUGGGCUCACUGCAGGAACUGGACCUGUCAGGCACGGGCCUGGUGCCUCUGCCAGAAGUGCUGCUCCACCACCUCCCAGCUCUGCAGAGCGUAAGCGUGGGCCAGGACAGGCGGUGCCGGCGCCUGGUACGGGAGGGCGCCUACCCACGGCAGCCUGGCUCUAGCCCCAAGGUGGCACUGCACUGUGGAGACACCCGGGAAUAUGCUGCCAGGGGCCCAGACAUCUUGUGACAAAUGGCAUGGCCUGGGGCCAUGUGACAGACUGCUGCCUGGGCUUGCUCAGGUCCUAAGUAACUUAUAUUUUAAUGUGCCAGUGUCAGCGGGGAGUCUGCAGGCCCAUGCCCUGCAGAGCUGUGGCCUAGGAGGGGCUUUGCUCCUGGGAAUAGCACCUGGGAACAAAGUGCCCCUAUUACUCUCUUACCCUCUCCCCAAAACCAUGAGCAGAGGGGCUUGGAUGUCAAACCAGAUUCUGGUCCCUUUCUGCUGUCCUCCACACUCGUCCCCUAAGUGCCUUCCCUCUUGCCUGGGCUGACCUGACCCAUGAUGGGAGGAGGAUGGGUGGGAGCUACUGCUGCAGGAGACUCAGGUCCAGUGGGCUGUGUCCCCUUGGGCCCACAGUCUGGUCACUCAGGGGCAGGAGUUUCUGUUAUAUUAUACCCCUUCUUUGGUCUGGGUUCACAAGGCCCAUCUUAUCAUUUUUCUUUUCAUAGAAUGUUGGGUAGAACCUUAAUUAUAGGAGGGACUGGAGAGAAAAAUCAAGUCUACCCAUGAGAAAAUGAGGCCUAGAGAAGCCCUGUCCAGGCAGAGGCAGGACUGGAGCCCAGUCCAAGGCCCUCUGCACCUACCUGUCUUUGUGAGGUCUUCCCUUCCAUCUUUCCUUCCUGGGCUCCCCUUGCUGUUGCCUGUUCCAUUUCCCCUUCAUCCCCAGCAGCAGCAGUAGCAAGACAGGUAAGGGCCUCAGAAGUGGGACUCUGGGUCCAGUGGUCAUUCAUGUGGCAUGAGCAAAGUCAGUUCCCCCUUCAGAGCCUCUGGAAGCUUGGGGCAUGCCAGUCCCAGGCCUGCAAGUUUCUCACUCUGGGGUGGGGGCCCCAGUAUCAAGACUGGAAAUGAAUCCAUAUUCCCCUGAGACCCUGCCUCUAGAUGCUUCCCCAAGUUGUCAAUGCAAUUCUGGAGUCCCAUCUGGCCAUGAGCUCCAACAGGGCUCCUGGAUUCAGUCCCCGUGGGCCUGAACCCAAAAGCUCCUCUCACCCUCCCAGGAGUAGAGCAGGAAGAGGCAGRGUCUCCCCAUGCCAUUUAAACUCCACCCCUAGGGCAGCAUCUCAGUGUCCCAGCCCUGGGUUCUUUCCUUUGUGUUCAUUUGAUAAAAGUGUUGCCUUUUUUGAUGGACUGUCACUUUCACAGAUACCCACACAUACACACCUCUGCUGGCAGGGGAUGGAAACAUCAUUUGUAAAAGAAGAAGAAUGUUUGUUCACUUUUGUAAUACUUUAUCCUGGGCACCUGUUGGCAGGGUUGGGGGAAGUCAGCCAUCAGUGGCCCUGUGAGCAUC